AUGUACACCGACACCUACACCACAAAGGCAGGGCGAUGCGGCCCCGGCCGGGCGCAGGGCAACGGUGCGUCCGGGGCCAAGGCGCGGCGGCGGUUUCCGCGCAUCUCGCAGCCCGUCGAGCUGAUCCAGGGCUCGUACGACUGCGUUGUCGUCGGGUCCGGGUAUGGCGGCGGAGUGGCAGCCUCGCGCAUGGCCCGCACCGGGCAGUCUGUCUGCGUCCUCGAGAGAGGCCAGGAGCGGUGGCCGGGCGAGUAUCCCGUGUGUCUGAAACAGGUUUUUGGCGAGCUGCACACCACGGGCAGGUCGAUGGUCCGGCCCUUUGGUCGUGGAAGGCCGACUGGCAUGUAUCACGUAGUGGCGGGCCAGGGCCAGAGUGCCCUGGUGUGCAACGGGCUGGGGGGUACCAGUUUGAUCAACGCCAACGUGUUCCUCGAGGCCGACGAGAGCACGCUGUCCAUGGAGACGUGGCCGCCCGAGAUUCGACGGGACCCGGGCUGCUUGAAAGAAUACUACCAGAGAGUCAGAGACGUGCUGGAGCCCACGCCCUACCCCGACGACUGGCCACGGCUGAGCAAGGUGGAAGUCUUCAAGCGCCAGGCUCACAUGAUGGGCUUGGGUGGCAGAUACUACAAGGUUCCGCAGACGACGCGUUUUCAGCCGGGCAUCAACAGCUGCGGAGUGAACAUGCUGCCCUCGACGCUGACGGGACAAGACACGACGGGGGUCAACGACGGUUCCAAGACGACCACUCUCGUCACCUACCUCGCCGACGCCUGGAACUGGGGGGCCGAGAUCUUCUGCCAGUGCGAGGUCAGGCAUGUUGAAAAGGUCGCCGACGGCCGUGGCGGCUACAUUGUUUACUUUGCCUGGCACGGGCACAAACGUGCCCGCUUCAAGCGUCGACUCCAUGAGGACCUGCUGUGGGUGCAUGCUAAGCACGCCGUCUUCCUCGGAGCCGGCAGUCUGGGCACGACGGAGAUUCUCCUGCGGAGCAAAGACAUGGGCUUGUCCAUGAGUGACUGCCUCGGGCAGGGCAUGAGCGGGAACGGAGACAUGUUGACCUUUGGGUACAACACGAACCGCCAUGUGAAUGCCAUGGGCCGGCAACGUCCGGACCGCAAGAGUCCGGUCGGCCCAACAAUCAACGCCACCAUUGACAUGCGUGGACUGUCGGACAACCCACUGGACGGCUUCGUCAUCCAAGAAGGGGCGGUGCCGCAGGCCCUCGCCAGGCUCAUGCAGACCAUCGUUGACGUGCAGCCGAGCGGCAGCAAGCCGAAAAGGGCAGUCGUACAGCGAGCCAGGAAGGCGCUUGCGAGAUGGAAGAGCCGGCUGCUCGGCCCAUACGUCUGCGGCGGUGCGAUACAGAACACCCAGAUAUUCUUAAUCAUGUCCCAUGACGGCAGUCAAGCAACUCUGCGGCUCGAAAACGACAAGCCCGUGCUCGAGUUUGUCGGGGUCGGCCACAGUGAUCGCGUCAAGCGGCUUCACGCCGUGCUGGCAAAGGCAACAGAGGCAGUCGGUGGAAGAGUCGUAGACAAUCCUUUCCACGGCGUGUUCGGUGAUCAACAUCAGAUAACAGCUCAUCCCCUUGGGGGCGCUCCAAUGUCCCGGGACGGCACCGGUGCUCGUGGAGUAACAAACCACGUUGGUCAAGUGUUUGCCGGGAGCGCCACGUCUGAAUCCCACGCCGGUCUCAUUGUUGUGGACGCCGCAGUUGUCCCAGGAUCACUAUGCGUGAAUCCUGCGGCGACAAUUGCGGCCCUGGCCGAGCGAGCAGUCGAUCACUACAUCCGGGCGCGUGGUCUGGUCAUGAGCAAGGAACCAAACGGCGUGCUCGACCUGUACGGCACGCCAGCCCAUCGUCCACCGUCGACCUCGUCGGACAAGAGUCGUCACACGAAGCCCGACUCCGCGUCGAGGAAAACGCAGACUGGGCCUGCUGCACGAUGCACGGUUCGAGGUGUCGACCACGAACCGCACGGGUCCCCCGGUACGGUUGGUUUCACAGAGCUCAUGAGUGGCUUCGUACACGGCGGCAAUAACCUGCAAUCAUAUGACCGGGACAGUCACAAGUUGUCGUCUCAAGCGGCCAGGCGCCGUGGGGAGACGGCGCGGCUGCUCACGAGCAACGUCAUGUAUGCGGUCCGAAAACCUGGGUCCGCGAACAAGACUGGCCUGUACAAAGGCAUCGUCAAGGGCACUUUCAUCUGCCCUACCAUCAGAGGAUCUCCCUUCAUGAUAUCACAAGGCGAGGCGGAGCUCCUUGAAGAAGACGAGGAACAGUCGGGGACGACCAAGGUUACGUAUCGAUUGAAAAUGAUUGGAAUCGACGGGCGGCGUCUCGAUUUCCACGGAUACAAGAGGAUUGACUCGUCUGUAUCAAUGAACAUGAGGGAGAUGUGGAGGUCGACAACUACGCUCUACGUAACCAUCACCGAGUCCGUUGGACAAGGCCACUCGCACGAGACGAACUCUGGACUGCACAACAAGUCGCCUGCUCUGGGCGAUGCCAAACGACGUCAAUCCAGCACCAGGGGAGACGGAGACGGUGAGGCCCGAACCAUCGCAAAGGGGAUUCUGAAAAUUCGACUGAGCGACUUUUGGAAGCAACUUUUCACGCUGACGGCAACGGGCGACAGUCUGACGAAAAGAGUAGCAACGCUGGGCUGCUUGACAAACUAUUUCUCUGGAAAACUGCUGCCUCGUUUCUUCUUGCCCUUUGCUCCGCUGCGGUAUGCGACGAAAUCGCAUCCCGACUUCGUCAACCCGACCACGCCGACGCGGACCUACACGGUGACGGCGAGCGACGGCGUACAAACAAAACUACACAUGUGGGAGCCGGACCUGAGCUGCGUCCCCGGCGACGAGUUUGGGAAUCCGGUGCCGGUCAAGAACCUCUUCAUGAUCCCCGGCGCCUCCGUAGACCACCGGAUAUACGCCCUGCCAACGAUCCCCAUCAACGCGGUCAACUACUUCACCCGCGCCGGCUAUCGCGUCUUUGUCACGGUGCACCGAAUCGGCAUCGUCGACGGCCCUGAAGACAAGACGUGGACCACGUACGAUGCCAGGCUGGACAUCAGGGCAUGUCUCCAACACAUCCGCGCCUCUCAGAACACGCACAAGGUGUACACGGUUGCUCACUGCAUGGGAUCCGUGGCCUUUGCGUGCGGCCUCCUGGACGGCACCAUUCCCGCCGACUGGAUUCUCGGAAUCACCUGCAGCCAGGUAUUCAUGAACCCGGUCUGGAGCAAGUCCAACAGGUUCAAGUCGACCGUCAAGCUGGACCGGGCCUACACCCGCCUCGCGGGCCACUGGUUCAGCUGCAGAGCUUCGGCCAAGCACGGGGCCUUGCAGAGUGCCGUGGACCAGAUGCUGCGGUUCCUCCCGGACAAAAAGGGCGAGAAGUGCAACAGCGCAUCGUGCCACCGCAUAAGUCUGCUCUUCGGCCGGUGCUGGAGCCACUACAACCUGAACGAGGCAACUCAUCGACACGUGGAUCACUUCUUCAACGGCGCAAACAUGACACUGAUGCCGCUGCUCAUGCGCAUGGGCCGCGUCGAGGCCGUGUCGACAAAUGGUCCGGCGCAUCAGGAUCUCACGAGCGCGGAAAACGUAGAGCGCCUCAGGGGCAUCCCCUUCUUCCUCUUCUCCGGGGGGGAUAGCGACGUCCUCUCGCCCACGGCCACGCAGAAGACGUACGAGCGGCUGUGCGACACCUUUGGCAUCUCGGCUGGGAGGCCCGGCGGGGGAAUACAGUACCGCCGAAAGGUCAUCCCAGGAUAUGGACAUUUGGAUGGUUGGAUGGGCCGCAACGCCUACAAGGACGUGUAUCCGCUGGUUCGGGAGGAGGUGGACCGUGUUGUCAGGGGAGAAGAGUACAAGCUCCGGGACACGACGAAUCCUUUUAGUGAUGCUUACGGCGUUGCCUGA